AUGACCGGCGGCGGCGGCGAAUCGGCGAACCGGAGCGGCGGCGCACAUCUCUGCUGUCUGUAUCCUGCGGUUGUUAUUUUGUUAGAAUUUAUGGUAGAGAAUGGUGAUGCAGAUACAAGAGGUAAUGCAAGAGCUUAUUUAAAAUGUAUUGCCGAUAUUGAUUUUAUAAUACCAUUGUUUGUUGUAUCAAAAAUAUUUGCUAUUACAAAGCCAUAUUCCGAGGCGUUGCAAGAUAAGAAAUGUGGUGAGCUAGUUAUUCGUCCGUCGAUAAAAUGUCUAGUUGAUAUAUAUUUAGAUCUCAUUCAAUGCUACGAUAAUAUUGAAAAUAUUGGGACAUAUUUGACCGAAUUGAAAUAUGAUAAAACUAAACUCGAUAAAUUGCAAAAUGAUCUUGAACAAUUUUCUCGUGAUACGGAUGUUGAGUUAAAAAUAUCAAGAACCAGUAAACAUAAAACAAUUGAAUUAUAUUUAAAACACAUUUAUGAAACAUUCAUACAAACAACUCUGGAUCACUUAUCAUACAGGUUUAGUGAACAUCAAAAAAAUAGUAGCGAAAAUCAUGAACUUAAUUCCGGUUUAUGUGGUAGAUCGAACAGUUGA